CAGUACCCUCACUUGUUACCAUUGCCUUAGCCUAGCAUUUUUUCGAAAGUUAACCCCACCAUGCUUUCCGACCUGUACGGUGAUUAACUGCCGAGAAGCUGAUGAGUCGGGUUCUUCAUCACGGUAAUGCACAAAUGUAGACCGUUUCUGAAGUGGAUGCUUGGAAGAGGCCUUUCUUCACGUCACCGCCUGCGUGCUUUCCUUUCUUCUGCACAUGAGUAAUUCCAACUGAGACCGGCUUAGCUGGUUGUCACGUACAGACGAACUUGUUUGGUCUAGACCGAACUAGCCAUUCUACUUUUUCUGUCGUGUGUCCGUCCUAAGAAAGAGAAGGGGGGGAGGGUGUGGAACACGUAGUGGUAAGACGCUAAACAAUAUGCCUGCCUCUAGUGCGGUGUUUUUGCCGAACAGGUUUAUUAUUUCUACCAUUUGCCUUACGAAUGCGAAAACCUUGAACAAUUCAUAUAGCCGAAAAGUAACUUUAGGUGCGGUCUGAUUCUCGUUUGGCGUGACAUCACAACCCUUUGCUGGAGUGUCUUUCGGUUUCUGGUAUGCGGCUCCUCCUCGUACCGCAGUUUUAAAGUUAUUGUUUUGAUUCUGAAAUUACAAAUCUGUGGUAAAUCCGCCAGUGCCUGGAGGGAGUUGAUAGACCGAUUUCUUGUACCCCUACCCUCUCCCUGUACGCAUACACAUGCGUUCUUGUUGACGUGAAUUUCUACGUACACAUCUUUUGAAAAACCAACAGGCAUGGGAAGACCCGUUCUGCUUCUCUCGGUUGCUGUUUUUGAGUUGAGGCAACGCUUGGGGCGCGGACCUGGUUCCUUGAGCAUCUCCUGGUAUUUGCAGAUGGAAAGGAAAACAGAAGGCUGUGCCCGUGACAAUGGCUCCUCUUCCAUACGUACCUUCGUACCAGUGAACUCACUUGCCAGGCAGGACCGGGGAACCGAAAGAAGGCGACAUUCAUAAGGAGGCUCCUUCUCCACUACACGGGAGUGAGAAAGGAACACCAAACUCAGUUGUGUUGUCAAGUAGAACCCCUCACAAUGUUGAUCAAUUGUCCGUGAGCCCAACACCGGUUUUUGUUACCAGGCCUCAGGAUCGGGAAUAUCAUCCUGCACGUUCAACUUCUCCGACUUUUUCCUCGCAUAUCUCGCCUUCAUCUCUGAUGGAACAAGGAGCUUUCCUUCGACACAAGUGUUGCACCCUUGCCCCUGUGAUAGCAACUUCACCAUCUUCAACAGUUUUGGGGCACUCCACUGAACAUUUUCCAGAAGCGACUGCCUCAUUUCCCGUUACUGCGGAACCAGCUCUACACGGACACCUCUUUGAAAAUCUACCUAUGCGAAGUGGUCUCGCUCCUUCGACAAACAUGAACCGACAAAAUGGAGUCGCCAAAGGAGACACACCACCCACAGGCGACAUGCAGAACCUACCGCCGCACAACAUGCCUGGGAGAGUCGCAGCACGGGUUGACAAUUCCGGUGCAGUAAACAAAUGCAGCCUAAUGCCUUCAUGCUAUACUCCAGUUUGGGCGCUGUCAUGUCCACCGCUAAAUACAUACACAUUAAGAUCUCAAACAGAUUAUGCACCCGCCCUAAUUUCAGACGCAACUGUUGUGAGAAAGGAUCAGGAAAAGUGGGGAAAUUUCGAAGGUCGUGAAAGGGACAACGUCACUGCGGUAGAUGACAGAAACACAGUACAAGCAAACGCGCUUUCAUUUGUCGACCAGAGAAGCGAACACGAAUGUUUCUCCCCAUCACAGAGUCACAACCACCAUUCGGGAGUACGUUUUAGCGGGCCUGCUUUGCGACAGGACGAAAGACAUUCGAAAGUUUCUGAAAUAGAGUUCUCGCCCACCGAAGGGGAAACAAAGCGUUGCGGGUUUAACCAGAACCGCCUCGUGGGGGGGUUUUCUUUUGCAGAAUGCGUCAAUGUUGUCUCGCUGGAACAAAAAGUGCCGAAGACUUCAUCUUCAUCUGUCUUGGUGGACAGACUUUGGCCGUCAUGUUUGAAAGAAAACGACGAUGAAUGCAUGCUUCGACCUCUUGACAACCCUGAGAACCGCACAGAGGGCAGUGCUAAUUCAGCUGAUUCCGGCGAGGGGACAACGGUUUCUGUCGAGUCCCGACAAAGCAGGACAUGCAACGGUUGCAGCGGUGGCGUAAAUCGACUGACACGUUUGUCACAACGCCGGGCAAUGUCGGAGGCGAAUCAACAGGUCCCUGCCUGGACACGAAGUAUUCGCAGGGGGCGUUCGUCUUGCCACCUUCCUCGGUCUGCUUCUUCUGCGACGUCAAGUUGCUCCGUUUCCUCCGAAGCCUCAGGUGCUUCCUCCAUGUCAACUGUCAGGAAAGCAUACGCGGCGAUAAAAUCGGCUCGUAGUUCGUCACCGAGCAACGGCGGUACAGCGGCUACUUCGUUUUGCAGCCACGCCGAGAUGGAGAUGCCUCACCGGUCGAUGUCUUCCUCACUUUCACCAGCAGUGCACGGAUACAAGAACCCACAUGAGCAAAAAGAUGCGUUCUACUCGUACUGGCUAUCUGGGGGAAGGGCGCGACUGUCUUCUAAGAAAACUGGUUCUUAUCCCUAUUCAAGGAGCUGCGAAACGGAGCUCAACUAUCGACAAGACGCGGUGCCCAUCGAGUACUUUCUCACGCCAUUUCAAGCAGAACUCAGGCGCCAGCAGCAAAUCUCCUCAGAGCGCCGCACACCAAGUGUCUGUCUGGCCCUGCUGAAGACGCUGGAAACAGCUUCUGGCAGCGCCAGUCACUUGCGACCAGAAAAUGAAUGCCGUGCGACAAGCCACAAGUGGCGUCCUAACGCCUUCUACGAAGCGGAAAGGAGUAGAGCAAGAAAAUCCAGGGUCCAAGGUGACACAUCGGCUUGCCACCUCGACUGUCGAACGUACGGGAACGAACGAGCUUACGAAACAGGGAAGGUUACGGGUUCCUCGGUAAACGCGUCAUGUCAUCCGAGCCGUCGCCUUCAGUCGCCAGCGUCACAACCUUCUCCAACUUCGCAAGGAAUGGCCCCUCAAUACUGUGGAACGCGGGAGAAGGAUACUUACCCGUCAUCCAUAGCGGCUACUUUGCAGAGAGAGGAGAGCGCAGCAGACUCAGCUGAACGACCUAUGAGCAUCAGUAACGUUGCAGUUGUAGGAGAACCUGACCAGUCGUGCGACCGCCCCACACGGAGUUUCAUUGAACGGGGACAGUCCGGGCUCCGGGAAGUAGCUGUAGAAUCACGUGAAGCGCUCGAAUCGAUGAAAGAGGCAUGCCAACUCAUUCGCCAAGAGGCGCCUUUUCUAAAGGACGGAGAGCCAGAGAACCACGUGGUCGGUCACGAGGAUUCAUCCACUAUUUCACGGCGUCUGCGUGCUCGUCCUGACAAACGGAUUUCAAAGGCCUCACCCGAGUUGCUUUCGCGUGCUUCUUGUAAGCGGACCAUUGAGGGAGCCUACAUCUCCGAAGCUACAGCGAAAGGAUUCGGGAAGGCAGAUUCCUGUUGUACCGCUAGUAACCCCCGUCUUCUUUUGGAAGAACAUCAAUCCAUGGGCUUGAAAGACGGAGGUGAAGCGAGGGGUGGAGGUGAAUCCGCUGAGCAGAGGACUGGACGAGAGACGAGAGAGGAAAGACGUAGCGAGGCAUCCCGUGCAACAGAGACUACUAGGGAUAUCCCACCGUCUGAAAAACAAAUCGAUGAAGGAGGCGACGGAGAUGCUGUCGUUGCCUGCGAUAAACGCCAAGGUGUUUCUGCGCCUGAUGAUGCUCCCGUGACGGUGCAGCGCAGAGCAGAUGGAUACGGACUAUCACGAACCGGAAAAGACGGGGAGACGGAGGGAGACGAAACGGGAGUAGACGGGGUUAUAAAGGGAAUCGACACUGCAUCUAAUGGAGAAAUAUGCAAAGAGGCGAACACUCACCUUCCUCGGAAUGAAACGGGACAGAGGGCGACAGCUCUCACGAGAGAAGAAAUCGUACGAGCUUCUGAGUUGAACGAGGGACGCAAUAGCACCACAGUAACAGGUCCGUACGAAGGUGAGGGAAAAGGGAUGGAGAAGAGACAGGAAAGUAGUGAAAGGGCUCAAUGUUACGGAAGAAUGUUGACGACGUUUAGAUGUAAUAGAGGGUUAGCCGAAGGCUCGCUGGACUCGAAAUCAGCGCACGUCGACAAGACUUCUGAUUCCCUGAUUUCUAAAUUUUCAAGGGAACAUACCCGAGAAGGAAUUGCUGAUGUUGGAUGCGAGGAUAAAUCUGAUAAGCUUGCAACAAGGAUGUCACACAAUCCAGAGGCGCAGCGUCUUGCACAGGUUUCCCAGUGUCCUGUACCCCGUCAACCAGCGCUCUCGUCCGCUCUCUGCUUGAAAGAAUUAUCAGGGCCAUCCGGAUGGCCUUUCUCACCGCUGCCCUUGCCCUCACCGCUUUUGUCGCCUUUUUUCUCUUCGACCUUUCGGCUGUCCAGCAAGGCAGUGGGCUCUGCAAGAGGAGAUGGUAGGAAGGUGGACGACCCUUCUAGUGUUUUCACUGAAGGUAUGAUUUCCGAGUAUUCGCGAGCUUCCUCUUCGGCCACAACAAGCACGAAGGCGUCAACCUCCAGUGCGUUUCGCAUUUCCAGUGUACGAGGGGCGUCUUCGGACGUUGCUUGUGGAGCUCGACCUCGUGGGCUCUGGGACACGCCGGACGACAUGGUCAUUAAAAGAAAAACUAAAGUACACAGAACGCCUGACAAAGGCAUCGGCGUCGGAGCAAGACGCAUUGGCUGUGUCGCGCGUAGCGACACUGCUCCACACGUACCAAGAAUUCCAGCACAGACACACUCCACACCAGAAAGGGCCGAUUCUUGUGAUAUAUUUUGGGGGCGAGACUCGGAGGGCAAACCGGAACCAGAGACAUUCAUGCAGGAGUUCAGGGGAACGAACGGCAACGAGACGAAAUCCUCAGCUUUCAACGGCACCAAGACUCCGGUUCCGACGGCCUGUAUUCAUAUAAGAGAGGCAUCCGGACGACCAUCAUGUGGGAAAACGGAACAAGGAAUUCCUCUGAAAGGUUUAGCUGUUUCAUUGGAAUUAAAAGGAACAGGGUCCAGGCACUGCGAAAAUGUAAGACCGGAAGUUAAUUCGCAAAGCUGUCCAGUGACAAACUGCCGAGUGAACAAGACGGAAAAGCCACUGGAGAACACGCCUCACAGCAACAUUCAUAAGUGUAAUGUCCGUGGUGGAUGCGAUGGCACACCACAUGGGAUAGCUCCGAUCGUCCACCUGAAAACGUUGACGACAGCGGAACCAGAUUUAUGUGUUGCAGAAGGGAGAAAAACUAAUGUGCAGGGAACCAGAAGAGACGGAGAAGAAACACAACACGGUGCUGUGAGGUGUCGUAGAGAUCCUCCGAAGUCUUUUGCCGAGUGCAGGUGCCUUGGCAAACUUGAGCGGCACGUUACAAUGGAAAGUAAGGGAACUGGUAUACCUUGUGAGCUGACUAGCAGCUCACCCGUUCACAUGCAAAAACGCUUCAGUACUGAUCGAGUACGGGCGUUGCUGAGUAAUCAGGGUUCUGACGCUUCCCUUCAGGCGGUCAAGGAAGCGAAUUUACAACAAAAGGGAAGUUGCAAAAUGCAACGAAUGCAGACUGAGCAGGCGCAACGGCUUCCUGACCAUGGAGUCACUUUUGGAGUUUCACGAUACUCCCCGCAUUCCUAUGCAAAAAACGAAACUUUACCGCUUCACGGCGUUCUUUACCAUACACACCGACCGACAUCCACCAUCAAAACAGAAAAAGUAGCCACUUCAUCCGAAAUGUCUUCCGACGCAAUACGGCCUUGCCCGUAUGGGGAACCGCCCACUUCGACACACAGAAGUGAGACAAAUCCAGUUGUAUAUAACAUUUCACACGGUAUUCCUCCGAGAGGGAAGACCUCAAUGGGGACGCAUGGGCCUGAAACCAUACUGAGAGAUUCAUAUUUUCUGGACCGAAGUGGGCGUCGAAAUGGGCCGCACCGAUUUAUUUGUAAUUCAAAUAGGGGAACUAUACCAUGGAGCUCCAAAACAAAAGCACAACAAAUGCGAAGAAAAAGUUUUGGUUUGCAUCUCCUCCGGAAUGUCGCUGAGACCAAUAGAAGCGAGGUCAACGGUGAAUCUCCGGUCACAUCACGACAGGCCACCUUACAUCGCGAGGGAAAGCUUUUCAAUAAUCAUGGACCGCCUGAUGAAUGCUACAGCAAACCGUUUGGGGUACGAGGUAAAGAACGCCGAACAACACGAGACGCUUGUCUGCUCAACGAGAGAUUAGUGGAAACGAAACACGGGGCAGAAGUUUCCUUUCGUGGCCUCCAUGAAUACUCCAGCAAGAGGCAAUUCUCCUCCGAGCUGGUAGGCGUGUGCGUAGCGGAUCAGGAAGACGAUUAUUCUGAAGCGAGCGUGAGCCCAGAUGAUGACGCGAAACUUCGAACACCACAACGGGUACCUGUCGUGGCUUUCGCUGAAACACCGAUAUCGUCAGCACGAGCGUGUAGACAGGAUAAUGAUGGGAGAGACGCGGCAGACCUUCAACAUGUGAGUCUUCAUUACGACACAGAUGGGGAGGUUCAUCUGCCACCGUUUCUCCCCUACACAAAUGUUUGUCCUGGAGUCAAUGCUAAGGUUAAGUCGAAUCCUUCUUCUGCACCCGUCUCCAGCUUCUGUGCGGCGCCUGCAGUCAGAACCUCACCUUCAGAAUCGACGAAACAUCCGUCCUUGUUUCACGAGCAGCGCUACAUUCCCGGGACUAAAACGGACCAUGAUGGUUGUAGUGCUGAAUAUGCACAUGCAUCCCUUGCAAGCGAUAUACCAGAUUCCACAGGAAUGGCCGGUAACUCUCGUUUUUUCACAUGGCUGUUCCCGUCUCGCGGUGUGGAGUUAGUAGUUCAACCAUCUGACGGAGCCAGGGAUUUUUCCCCCGGAAAAAGCAAUCGAAUUCAAGAGGUGAAAGACAGCGUCUUUUGUGGAGACGGCGUGGUGGAGCAGGAUAGACCAAACGAAAAAGUGAGAUGCCCAGAAGGUAAAGAUUGUACUCUCGUCGUAUCGGACUCCUGGGAAGAGCGUAUCGCGGCAACAAGGAGGAGCGUACGAGAGCAGAUGGGACAUCUUUUGCAAGAUGAUAAAAUUCGCUGGAAAGUAGAAACCUGUAUGGCUGGAGUUUUUGAUAAACUAAGUGCUAGAUGCAGGUGCUGCUGUGCGGUAACUUGGCAAGAAAUGAGCGAGGAGCGGAAGCAGCGUUGUGGACAGAUAACAUUCUGGACGCUUGCUGGGACGCUUGUUGCCCUUAUUUUCAUUGCCGUCAUUUGUUUCGUUAGUGCGAAGGUCAUUAAAGACACAGAAUGAGAUGAGACAUACUGAGGCAAAGAGUUUAUUUAGGGAAGAUAGUGGAUGCUCCGGUAAAACAUCACAGAGAAUUGCGCCAACAUAUAAAUUUCAAUGAAUGACGGAACAUUUUUUCGUAUCUUAUACACGCUGAACAGCAAUUUUUUUCCUCCAGCGUGCUCAGUUCUUGCGCGUGGGAAUGGCAUUUUUCGUGAACAACAGCGUUGGCCUCGAAAACCUUCAUUCCGUUGUUCUGCCCAGUUCAUACAAAUGGGUCUCAUAUAGAGUUUUGUCACGGGUGUGAAAGAGAGGGAAUAAAUCAACCAGCUUGUCCUUGGAAGCAUAGUGAGACGUGUGCUGACUUUUUUCGUGGCUUUCUCUACCACUAUCCAAUUCGAAAGAAUCUUGCCUAACGGAUUUGUUCAAGAGACCCAUCCAUGAAGGUCCCUGGGUGAAUGUAGGCUGGUGCGUAAGAUGCUCUACCAGAAAUACAACGUCCUGUGGCAUUCUCUACACAGACAUGCAUAGCGCGUGUAAGUAGGUAGGUAUGUAUGUGCAUACGUACUUCCAAAUGUAUUAAUAAAAAAUUGGGUAUAUGCAUCUGUGCAAAUUCGGAACGCAGAGUAGUUGAUACAUUUACUCAUAUAUAUAUCUAGGCAAAAGCUCCUUUGAAUUUUUCCCUCUUAAUGCGGCAAUACUUUCAACAAGAUUGACGAACGCCUAUGGUGUGAUACCUGUUUGGGUCCAUCUCGUUUCGUCAUGUUUGCACAUGACAUGUAAAGCGUAAACCAUCAGAGCAAAGGACAGGAUUUCAACAGAAUAUGCGUUUAAAUAAACAGCAGGCUACCGAA